GGCAAGAACUGCCAAUGCGUCGUUUUGAUUUUGGCCAUUGCGAACUUAUUUUAUAAGGUUUUCAACAGAUACCCAGGUAAUACCUGCUGCUUGAGUCACACCGAGUAUUGAGAAAUCCUAAGGUUCGGCGAUAACUGUACAUAUGUGGCUAAGAUUACGCUAGUGGUCCACUAAAAUUUAGGUCGACAGCCCACAAAGCCCCCAAAAGUUAAGUGCGUAGUGCAAAAUUCACAAAAUCAUUUAAAAUCUUUCCUCUCCAUCAACCAAAGUCGCAAUCGACAUCACUUUCCCCAAUUCACUAACCACGAACGCAAUAAUCCUCACCAUUAGAGAAUCUCUAUUGGAAGACUGUCAUCAUGUCUAAAAUCACAGUCGCCGGAGUGCGUUCCAACGUCAGCGAACUGCUCGACUACUCCCUCAACACCAAGAAGCGUAACUUCCUCGAGACCGUCGAGCUCCAGAUCGGCCUCAAGAACUACGACCCCCAGCGUGACAAGCGUUUCUCGGGUACCAUCAAGCUACCCGCCAUCCCCCGCCCCAACCUGAGCAUCUGCAUCUUGGGUGACCAGCACGAUCUUGACCGUGCCAAGCAUGGCGGUGUUGAUGCUAUGUCUGCCGACGACUUGAAGAAGCUUAACAAGAACAAGAAGCUCAUCAAGAAGCUUGCUCGCAAGUACGAUGCUUUCGUCGCUUCUGAGGCUCUGAUCAAGCAGAUCCCUCGUCUCUUGGGUCCCGGUCUUUCCAAGGCUGGUAAAUUCCCUACCCCCGUCUCGCACUCCGACGAUCUUACCGGUAAGAUCAACGAGGUCAAGUCUACGAUCAAGUUCCAGUUGAAGAAGGUUCUCUGCAUGGGUGUUGCCGUCGGAAACGUUGGCAUGACCCAGGAUGAGCUCGUCGGCAACAUCAUGUUGGCUAUCAACUACCUUGUUUCGUUGUUGAAGAAGGGCUGGCAGAACGUUGGUAGUUUAACCAUCAAGGCUACCAUGUCUCCUCCUAAGCGCCUCUACUAGACGCGACACCACACAAAAUAUUGGAGUAUGGGAGGAUGUAGUCCUCGUAGUGCUAGCAUUCAGAUUCUAGUCAUGGCAUUGGCACUCAGAUAGUAAAUUAUACCGAACCUCCCAGUCUAA